AUGCAGGAGGCGGAUCUGCACGACCUCUCCGACGAUCCUGACUACGCCGCCUCCCAGCAGCAGGUAUACCUCGCUUGCUUGCCGACGCGAUCAUCUGUGCCAAUCCUGGAGGCCUUUGUGAUUGUGACUGAAUGGUCGUCGGUCGUGUUUUAAUUGUUGUUGAUGGUGGUGGUGUUGUGGGCGGGAAGGCUCUGGGGAGAAGCCUCUAUCGGAGCGACUCCGCUAAGUCGACCGAGAUGGACAGCGGCGGCGGUGGCGGCUCCGAAACGGUUUACGUGAAGGAUAAUGUUGCGAUACACCCGACGCAGUACGCUUCUGAGAGGAUCAGUGGGCGCCUGCUACUCGUGAAGAGGGAUUCGUCGCUGUUUAUGGUGCGUAGCUUGUUUUCUGUCCCCUAUGUUAUCCCCUUCUCUUUUUCUCUCACGCUAACUCUCUCUACGUGUGUUUCUUGAUCGAUGUAUUGACCAUCUUUCGUAAUUUAGUGUUGAAAAUUUUCUAUUUAUUUUUUGACUGUGAUUCAUCGUUUAGACCUGGAUCCCGUACAAACUAAGCGUUGGUGGGACCGACUCUACUGGGCGCAGCUCAAAUGCGGGGAUUCUCGAGAAAGGUUAGACGGACGUCUCGUUUUAGUUGUUUCUUCCAUAUCAUUCUCGACGUAGUCCACUCUGCAUGUACCUUCUUCAGUCUGUUUUAACCUCAAAUGUGAUCAGCUCCCUCUAGUGUUUGCUGGGACAACAUCAAAGGAUUCUCCCCGAGGUCAUGGUAUAAUGUGUUCAGUAGUUGUCAUGUCUUACCGCUCCUUCUCUGUCCAUCUCCUCGACAUUACGUAGAACAUUCAUUAGCCAGCGAAAUGGGAUGAUAAAAUGUGAUUAGCUGAGACACAAACAUAAUUCUUUCAUGAUGGACUAGUGUUUUUCCAAUGACUCUAACAGAUGGUUUUUGAGGACUGAUCUUUAUACAAGAGUUGCCGAAAGACUUGGACUAUUGAUGUUGUUAUUAUUUUCUGGAUCUGUUAACUUUUUCCUCUGCAUAUGAUUGCCCUUCCUAAUUCAAUUUCUUUUUAAUUGAAAGCAUUUGUGGAGUGUCUAGGUUCACUUUCUCAGAUUCAUAAUUUGGAAAAUUAUCCUUGCGAAGUAGUGCAGGGUUGAGGUUUUUAUGAUUUCAUCAGAUAUUCUGAUGGCAUGAUUACUUUUUAUCACCGCAAAUGAUGACAAUAGAGUUUGCAGGUCUAUGCAGUGUUUGCACAUUUUACAUUUUUAUUGUUUCUUCAUUUAUAGAGAAUCCUGACAGUUUUGACGUGUGCCUUCUUUUUUAUAAUGUCUAGUUAAGUUCUAUGAACACUCCUGACAAUUUACUUCGCUUCUAUUGGUUGACACAGAUAGAAAGCUGUAUACUAUCAAGGAUGUGCCCUUAGCUGAUGUGCAUUCAAUCCGUAGGCAUACCCCUACACUUGGCUGGCAGUACAUCAUUGUUGUCCUCUCAUCAGGUACUUCAUUUCUAUUGUCUUUUUCCAUCCUGUCUCAAUAUCGAUAUGUUAGCAAUUUAUUCUUACCAUGUUGCUGUUUCUUUUGAUUCAAUUCUGCCAAUGCUUCCUUCUAGGCAAUCUGGUCGUGACUACCAUUAUCUUUUAACUCCUUGUCAAACAUGCUAACUGCUAUCUGGUGUCUACAACCUCUCUGGAGAUGAAACAGUAGUUUUCAUCAUAUUAAACUUGGGGGAUUCAGAGUGUAGGUGUGCUCUUUGAGACUGUGCUACAAGUAGGAGUGGCACAUAUUUCCUUUAAACGCUUCUCCAUACUUGUGUGUAGAAAUUAAACUAGCAGGAUAAAAACUCCACAAGUUACAGAGUAAUGUUUCUAUGAUUUUUCCUGGCUUUGACGUUCUACUUGGGUUUGGGAUAUAACUGGAAACUAGAAUCGAAGACAUGUGAAUGCCCAAAUUUUGAUGUAAUGUAUAUGUGUAGCACGUUUGACUUUUAAUUCUCCCAGCAGUAUAUUCCAUUCAUCAUUCAGGUGCACAUCAUUGGAGAGGAAUGAAAUUCGGAAAGGUUGCACUUGACGACAUGAAUCUUAUCAAAAUCUUUCUCCAGUAUGUCUGUUGGAGGAUCAAAGUUACGGGGAAAUGAUUGCUAGCUUGUUGACUUCAUCAUUGCCUUUGAGGAAAGGGGGGUGAAUAUUUUUCUUGGUAGAAUAGAAUAAGCUGAAGUUUCUUUACCAAUUGUGCUCAAGAUAGUUUGGUGUGAAUGGAAAAAUCAAGUCUUGUAGGAAUUCUUCAAAAGUCAAAUUUCAGCUCUGGAAAAAGUAGUCUGUUUAUGCUGGACCGGUCUAUGAUCAGGGAAGGCUUGGGCUAGAUAAUCCUGGCCUCUUCUAGAACUGGUCUCCUCAUGGCUGGCCGAUGUCUAACUCAAUGGCAUUUCUUACGGUUCUGCAUUUUUUCUGAGAUAACAUACAAAGUGGAGGAGCUAUCUGCACAUUUUAUAUAAUCACCAGGACAGAAAUCAUUUAUGCUGCUCGUUAUUGCAGGAAAUUUCUAGAUUUCUAUGCUGAGAAAGCAUGUAAAAUUGUUUACUUUGCAAAUGUAUGUGUAUAUCCUUAUUCAGUUGGGAGUCAUGCAGGACUUGCAUUCCCGCCACUUUAUUUCUACAAUGGAGGGGUUCGGGAAUUCCUUGCAACUCUGAAGCAACAUGUUUUUAUUGUGAGGUCUGUAUUCAUUAUUCAAAUCAUGAUGUUUUUAUUGACUUUAUUGACACAUUUGUGUGGUUCGUGGCCACUGGUUUAUGUUUGUUUCUGUUGGAAGGUCUGGUCGUAAGGAAAUACUAUAAAAGAUUGAGGGUAUUUUGGGACAAUUGUCUGGAGUUCCUCCUUAUAUAAUGGGUGUUAGAGGUGAAUGGAUAUUGAGGCGGUUAUCUGCUGUUCUCCCCUCUGUCCUUCGUGACAGAGGUCAUUCUCCCUGUACCUAUAUUUCUCAAUAGUUUAUAGUAGCAUUAAGACAGAAGUGAAUUAUACACUAUGGGAAGCAAAAUGUUUUGAUUUCUAGAAAAAAAAUGACUCCUCUUAUAUUUAAUGCUAUAAGUUUCGUAUCUUUGUGGCAACUCUUCUUAAAUGUUUGACUUGGUAGCUGGCUAAUUACUUUCUGAUUAAUUUUAUGCUGUUUCCAGAUCUGCAGAUGAUGCAAAUGUCUUUCUUGCGAAUGACUUUCAAGACCCUUUGCAGGUUCAGUUCUUGUCCGUUUUGUGUUACUAUAUUCUGAAGUCCAAAGUUGUCACAAUAUUAACUGAAAUUGUUGUACAUCUGACAUAAAUGUGCAAUAUGAAUUUCCUCUUGUCAUAUGAAACAUUUGUCAAUGUGGUUAUACCGAAAUAUCAUGAUUUCCGUUAGAUUCUGAUGCUUAAUCAUUGACUUCUGCAGUCAAUGAUGUAAAUUAACCCUUGGAAGAAUUUGAGUGAGAAAAUACUUUUCUGUUGAAACAUGUAAUGUAGUUUCACUGACAGGGAAGGUCGCUUAGUGUGGGGAUCGACCACUAGAUUAAGAGCUCCAUUCACCAAAAAAUCAGUGACCAGGUUUUGGCUGACCUUGGUUUCCAGAUGGGUUCAACGUUUCUUAGUUGCUAUUUGAGAGAAUACUUAUCCCAGUGGCGCAGUAACAGCAGUUGGAGGAGAGAAAAUACGUUUAAGGCACACAAAGGAAGGAAAACUGGAGAAGGCUGGUUGCCCUUGUUGUGAGGUGGUUUGUUGUCUUUAUACCUGCGAGACUUGAAGCUGCUCUUCCGAAGAUUACCCGGCCAACUUUAUUACUCAGUUUUAAAAUCAAGAACAUCUUAGCUUUUGCUGCAAAUUUUUCUGGGAUCUAUAUAAACCUAUUUUUUUUUGUAUGCUGACAAUUGUGCAUGGCGGGAAACAGAAUGAAGUGUUUGAGAGACAUGGUUUCGGAAAUCCCAACUAAGCAAUGAUAUGAUUAGGCAUGACUCUUAUAAUUAGGUAUGGUUAGCCAUAGAUCUUAAGCAGAAAGGUGAAAAUGAUGGUAUCAAGUUGGUGAAGAUGCUGAUUAUCCAUCUUUUCUUCCACAAACCCAAAAUCAAAGGGUCGAUUCAAGAGGUGUGGACUCUACUUGUCUGGGAGGAGAAGCUUAGUCUGAAGAGGUUAGGUUCCUCCUGGAGAAAGACGAGGAAAGAACGGUAAUACUAGUUUCAAAGUGUGUGUUUAAAAGUUCAUUCAUGAUCCCGUUCCCAUCAACAAAAGUGGCAUUUGUUCUCCUGGAGGAGCCACUCUGUUUGACUUCGAGUGUUUUGGUAAGGAAUGAUUCUUCUCUCUGAAUGCAAUCUUUUCCAUUGGAUAGCUUGAUAUUUCUGCUAUAAGGCCUUCACCAAUUGUCACAAACAGCAGGAUCUGGUCACUUGUUGCUGCUGUUUGAUAUGAAUGGCAGAUGUGUCAAAGGAUGAAUAAUGGUUUCUCUAGAUAUAGGUUCUGUUUGAUGUUUACGCACUGCAAGAACCAUGCACAGAAAUAUUGUUCCCUGAUGCUGCUAGAUUUCAUCUGCAAAAUUGGUUUGACUCUUCCCCGAAUGCUUGUCAUAUGGAGAGUACUGUUUUGCUGAAGGAUCCACCUGGAGAAGAGUAGAUUCUUCUCUGGCUUGACUGAGUUAUCGUUAAGAGAGAUAGAAACAAUUUUUUUUAUCUAUAUUAUUUUUUUUCCCAAUUGACAUUAGUUAAGGGUUUUGCAUUUCAAAUCUUUCCUAAUGUUCUGUUACAAUGCUUCAAACUACAUUUAGCUUGAACUUAUAGGAGUGUAUGUAAAUAUAUGAAACAACGUGAAAUAGAUGAGGAAUAGUGGUGCUUUUGUGUAAUGGUAGCAUUAGGUUAGCCUUCUCCCUCAAACCAGUUGGUGAUGAUGGGCUUGAUCAUUCAAUCAAUAUCAAACUUGUUAGUUGGCCAAAAAGGAAGAGAAGUGCUUCUCCCUUAUAGGGUAAUCUACAACUUUUGGAUGCAUUGUCCCAGGUCAGUGAUGGAGUGUGUCAGAUAUGUCGAUUAGAGUGAUUGUGGAGCAGUAACAUAAGCUAAGGUGUACAAUCUGCUGCGCCCUUUGACACUUCUUUUCGUUGGGAUUCUUAUGGGCCUAGCAUUCAAUCUUUUUAUUGUAGUGAAUUUGGUCUAUCCCUAGAAUGCUAAGAGGGAUCAGUGAUUGAAGGCUUUGCAAGAUAAUGAGGAUGUGUUGUUGUAGGUUGAUUGGAUACUUGCAAUAGUUAGAUGUUGAAGAAUCUUUCAACUUGUGAGGUCUUUCAAGUUCAAUGAGUUGGCCUUUCUGUCUCUUUGAAAAUUAUGAGUAUAGAUGAAUUUAUAAGGUACAUGAUUGUCAUACGUGGGGCUUGAAAAUUACAAUAAAGAAGGGAUGGGAGUGAAUCAUAUUUACUUAAAGCAUUGGUGUUGUAAUAAAUGCUAUCCAAUUAAGACACAAACACUCGGUGCAAGUUUUAUUCGUUUUAUGGUGGUUCAAUCUGACUCAAGAUGUACUCCACUCCCCAAGUUCUCUCUUGGGUGUUUUAUAAGGUUAGCCCCUUAUCUCCUAUUAUAAUUGAGUUGUCAAGGCGUAGACUAUACCUUUUGUGACAUUUCAAGGCUUGGCCAAUACAAAGGCUAUUCUAAUAUGGUGAAAAAUAAUAAUAAAUCGAUUUUAAAAAACCUUUAAUUUGGAGAAGAUAGCUUAAUUAACUUGAAGGACUACUCUGAUGUUGAGAGAUCAUUGAGUGCUUUAUGAGUGUUUGGAGAGAGAACUUUCAGACUUUGAAUGUAAGUAUCCCUGGAAGCCUUAAACGAGCCUCAUUUGUGAUGUCUUUUAUAGCUCGAAAGAUUUGACUCUAUUAGAAAACAUUUUUCUUCAUUGGUUGGAAUGCAACUAAUUUUCAACUUUUCUUAAUUACUAUUUUAGGUGCAUAAAUCAUUGUAGCUUUUCAGGUUGUAACCUUUGAGUCUGGGUGCUUUGGCCCUUUGUGUUGAUCCUUGAGUCAUGAGCUUGAACCCUUGGUGUUCACCUCAAACUGUGUAUCGGCACAUGCAACUAUUUCUUUGUUUUGCCACAAGUGUUGAACCUUAAGUUCUGAAUGCUGACAUGUAUGCAACUUGCUAUCUAGUUUUUUUUAUAGGUGUAAACCCCAAGAUUUUGAGUGCCAAUUCACGUGCAUUCUAUGUUUUUUGCCUUUAAGUAUCGUCCUUCAAUCUCAAAUAUUGAUCCUUCUUGCCAGCUAAUUUCUUUUUAGUUUUGACGAGAUUAAUACCAUUAGCUUGGUGUCAAUCUCUUCAACAGUUCCGAUGUAUCAUUUCAGUAGACCAAGGUGUGUUGGUGGGAAUCUCGAUGCCCUUGGGUUCUUUCAGAAGCUCUUAGAGAAGGACAUAGACACAAUGGAGGUUGAAUUUGCUUUGCAAGGACUAGAAAUUGCUAGAUUUGAUGAGUGCUCAAGAUACACGGAUGAUGAUGGAUUAGAUUAUGUUGCUGGGACAAUGUGCAAAAUUUUGGAUCAAUUCCAGAUAAGUAGUUAUGGUGAGUGGAACAGUGCAUAUAAUUGGAUCAUGUCUAACUUGAUGGUUGAUAGGCUGUGAGUGGUGUGGUGAUGUAGCAGUAGGAGAUUGUCUUUGUUAAGGGACGACUUUAAGAACCAGCAUACCUCUGAGGAUAUAAAAAAAUAUAUGCUGAAAUUCGGGCGACCUAAUCAUCAAAUUUGAUUACAUGUUUUGUUGUAUUGUCUAUUAGCCUUUCUGUUUUUUAAUCAAUCGUAUAGCAUUUAUUUUAUGAAUACCGGAAUAUUUGAUGCCUUGAUACUUUUCUGGUGCAUGGUGUCAAGUUUCAUGUUAAAUUCGUGAGUGGUAUUUAAUUCUUACUCUCAGAUUUCGUUUUGAUUUCCUUUUUUUCUUAGUUUUAUUACAUAUUUAAAAUUUUUGUGGUAGAUAUAUUUUAUAAUUUUCAUUAGCAGGCUGUAUUGCAUGCUCUGUAGUUUCUUUUCCUGUGAGGAGCUUUGCCCCUUAAAAGUUCUAUAAUGUGUGACGCUCUUUUGCAGAAAAGCCUUUCAUCAUUGGAGUUACCUCGUGUUGUUUCUGUAGCGAAUGGUGCUACCUUACACGGUUCAGUGGGUGCACUUUCAUCUGUUGAAAAUUCUGAGAGAAGAAAUGGGGAUAUGCAAAUUGCGACCUCCAGCUCUGAGUACAGUGGGCGGAACAAGCAUAAGCUUCAUGAUCCUGCUCGUGAUAUUUCAAUCCAAGUCUUGGAGAAAUUCUCCCUCGUCACCAAAUUCGCCCGAGAAACAACAUCACAUCUUUUUCGUGAAAAUCACAAUAACGACUCAAGCAUUCAUGAGAGAAAACAACUUGACCAUAAGCCUAGCAGCGCAUCAACCGAUACACAAAAAAUAUCGAGUGCCCCAGUGGCCCCAGAUCCUUUGGAGGUGAGAAUUGAUGCUCCUUUUUUAGCUUCCUGGUUAGUUUCUAAUUUUACAUGUGUUAUGAAAGCGCUAAACGUUUUUUCUUCGUGCCUUUUUCUUUGCUCAAGUCCUCACUAACAUGCAAUUAUUUCUGAGCUAGUUAUUGUCCCAACUAGAAAUCCUUGUCUCCAAUUUCCUUGGUCUUUUUAUUUAUCCAGAUUUUUUUCUUUGUUUGAAGUUUUCCAGUUUUCAUAACUACGACGAUUUGUGUUCUAGAGACUAGUCAUGGUUACCACUUUCAUAAUGAGGAAAAGCUUUAUCCCUUCAUUUGAUGGGGUUGACUUAGCAUGGACUGUAUAUUCCUGGGGAAAAUCUGGAGACGCUAUAUAAAGUUUCUUUUUUGGGAGCACAUUGGACAUGUACUUGUAUAUCCCUUCUCUUGUCAAUUUGAAUGAAUUGGUGGUACCAUCCAGUUUCAAAAAUAGCAAGGAAUAUUUUUAUUUUUCUUUUUUUUCAUCUUAUGGCUGUUUCAAUGUUCACUUGCGAUAUUCUUAGACGAUCUUCUCAGACACCACUAUUAUUAUCUGGAGUUCACCAUAUGAAAAGUACUCAUUGUUCUGCUUUAUAUUGUUCUUGAAAUAUAGUUGUUUCAGAACCGUCUAGAUCCCCUGGCAGGGACCUGUCAGGCCAAUCUGUGUCCAACUUAAAGGAAUGGCAGUGGUGAAAAAUGUCUCCCUGUCUAAGAUUCCUUGUGUCCUUUAAGCAGUCACAAGAUUGUCAUUAAGAUGAAUUCAAAGUUUGGCAAUAGAGAUGCGGAUGUAGGCUCAAUUGACCGGUUGUGUUUCUGAAACCCACGAUUCGGAAAAUUCUUCCCAUACCAAGUAUAUGUUACCUCUGUUCUUCAGAUAUUGGAUUCAUUCAUGAACUAACAUAAAAAAAUAGUGCUUCCUUCAGUAGAUGCAGUCUAAUUCUUGUCCAAUCAUUAAAUUACUCAGAAAACUCCUAAUGAUUGUUCGAAUCUUUCCACCUUAGAUUGAGUCAUAUUUUCCUGGGAAACACACCUCGAACUUUAUUUUGGUAGUUGAAUCUCUAUCAAAAUACAAUUGAUCUAUUUACUAAAGGUAUUUUUUUCUAACCCCUCAGGCUGAUGACUCUUUCUCUCCCAUGGAUAGCUCACAUAAAUUAAGUCUCUUAUAGUCCACCAGGAAUUCUCCUGGUUCUUUCCUAAAAGACCCUAAACUUCUCACAACUCAUUAAUUAAUUAAUUUAUUUUUUACUGUUUUGUACCGAAAAAAUACUUAAACAAGAAUGGCUGUAAUCAGAUUCUGCUAGCCGUAAUCUUGACAAUGAUGUCCUGUUCCGAAUCGAAAUAGAGGUCCCAUUAAGUAUGAUUAAAGCAUAGGUGUGCACACUUCAUCAAACGAAAGAACAGUACACCUAGGUUACCAUCAGCAAGCCCUUUGGAGUGGACAUAUCCCAUCUGGCUUAAGGGCUGUGAGGCAUCCAUAAAAUGUGUCUUCUUUGGGGCUCUGCUCACUAUUAACGAUGCUUUAAUUUUUCGGGUAACUUUGUAUUUUAUGUUCCUAUCUUUCAGUGCUCAUUUGUUUAAUCCAAGUUGCACCUUGAUUACAGAAUGCUAUUAAAUUGGAUGUCAGAUUUUUUCAAUUCCCACUAGAAGUUGAGCCAGUGCUGUCGAACUAUAAAAAAUAAUUAACACAGAAAAUGCAAACAGAAAAUAAAUUAGUUAGAGCUAGCCUUAAAAAGAUGGGAAAUAUGCUACAAGAUUGGGUGUUGGUAAGUCACAGUGCCUGUAGCAUUCUGGGAUUCAUCUUGAAUAUGUUAUAUUUACUUGCUUACUUUCAAUCGAUAAUAUGCACGUUUCAAAAUGUAAAAUCCCCGCCUAAUUUUAUUUAUUUUGGUAGUUCGAUAAGCUACCUCUAAUAUGGGGGAAACAAAGGCAACAACCUUUGGACGUCAAAGAGGUACGUUUCCUUUUUUUUUCUUCUUUUUUUUUUGUUAUAAAUUACUGAGUUACCAUCUAAUCUCUUAUUGUCUUUUUCUCCAAACCCUCCCCACCCUCCACUCUUCCUCAACACACACACACACACACAAAAAUGGCACUAGCUUAUAAAAUAUUAUAUUUUCUGUUAAAUGAAAGUUGAUUUUUGCAUUACUUUCUGGAUCUUAAGUCAUGUAGUUAAUGUUUGAAUAUUAUGGCAUAUAUUUAGGAAUAGUUCAUCUGGCUGACUCUGUUCAUUCUAUGUUUCUCAACUCAGGAAUGGGAGUUGUGAUGUUGUAAAGAGACUACAUAGAGCACGUCUGUUACUUGUGUUGUUUUUAUUGAAAUCUACUGUUGUCAGUUUUCCUAUUUGAUGCAUCCAAACAAAUGAUUGUGAUUGUAAUCACGUAAUCUGAGGCAACCAGGCGUAGUAGUGUGUUGGGCAUUAUUUUUAUGGCUUUUAGCCUUUGGAGUAUCAUGGUGGAUUUUUAUCAAUGUUGUACAUAUAAGAACUCGUAAAUUAUUUUCCUUUAGUUAUGUGUGGUAGAAACCACUUUCUAGGAAAAGAAUUUGAACAAGUUUUAAUGUGCGGUCAUCUGAUGACAGUGCUUUUGUCAUUUUUUCCUAAGUAGUCUGUGUGAAAACAGUUUCCUGUUCUGUUCAUAUUACAGAAAUACAGUCAGCCUCACUGGACUGUGCUUGGAAUUGCUUGAGAAACUGCGUGAACAGUUUUCAGGCAUUUGACACCAAUUCGAAUUAAAUAUGUAUCUUCAACAGGAACUCGGCAAGUGUGCAAUUCAAGAUGAUUAUGGGAAAUGAUGAUAUUUUGCAUUUAUUUGUGUGCUGUUGGAAUGGGGGCGGAAAUCUAUUCGGGAGAGGCAUUAUUAUUGUGUUCAAUAUCAAGUGAACGCCUUUCAUGUAAAAAUAAUUUACCCUUUUUUUAAUAUUUUUGGGGUGGCAUGGAAAGCCGAAGUUACACAGGCUGAUUAGUUUGAUUAUAAAUUUUCAUUAAAUUUAUGCGAAAAAGAUGAAUAUUUCUGAGAAGACCAUCAUUAGCAAUGAUAGCUUAGAUCUUGUGGAAAAUAUUCUCUGAAGCUGAGUGCUUUGAGGGCAUCACAGUUUUGUUUAGGACUUGUGUGAAGCUGAGUGGCAUCAAUUCUGUGCAGCCAUGGUUUCGAAAUAUUCUUAGGAGAGUAUGGUUAAUUGAUCAUGUUGUGGUGGGAUGCACUGGUGAGAACUACCAUUGUUAUGGUAGAAUUGGUUUUCUAAUUUUUCUUUUAGGUAAUCUUUAUAAUUUGUCUAUUCUGCUGCUGACCAUAGUGGAAAAGUUAUGAAAUUCAUGACAAAUAAGACAAGAUCUGAUAAUAGCACUAAUGGCAAGUAAAAGAAGAGGUAGACCAUUAUAGACUUUGGUGAUAGUGGCAAUAAGUUUUUGAGCAUAAGUAUGGUGACGAGAAAGGGAAGAGAGCUCAGCCGUAAAAAGUAGAUAUCACCUCAAUCAUUCACCUCUGUACAAAAGCGAAGUGAAAUGUUAGAUAGAUAAGAAUUAUAUUUCUGAUUAUUCGAGAAGAAGCAUGAAUUUAUAUUGACUAGGAUGAGAGCUUGUGAGCUAACGAGGAAGAAGUAUACACAAUGAAGGGCAAUUGCGUAUACUAUUCAUGGUAUUUGAACUGAUACCUUGAUCAAUGCCCCAUACUUGAUCUGGAAUGAAACUGGAUUGGCGAAAACAGUUGGGCAGGACUGGUCUUUUAAACUUUUAAGAAAUGUACAAGAAAUAGAAAAUCAGAAAAAACAUGAAAUUCAUUUGAAGGAAACAGCAUAUGAAAUUGUGAAACCUGUAUCCUUAUUAUCAUUUAUGAUAACAUGCUAAAUAUCUUCAAGAACGUACUGUGUGAAAUCUAUGAACUUAAUGCAUUUUGAAUCAACAUCGCGCUAGAAUGCCUUAUGAAUUAGUAAGGUUCCUUAACCCUUCCGACAGUAUCUAGGGUUCUUGCACAAUGUGAUAUCUUGCACUGGCUAAAUCCUUAAUCCUUCCUCUUACUAAUAUUGCAGAAUGUUCUUGUGAAUUAUGCCCAAUACCAGGCAUAGGCAUAUAAACGGCAAUUUCAAAUAUGGUGGUUAUCUGGCAACUGUAAGGCAAAGAUUUGUUUUUUUGGGGUCAUAGUGGAAGAGUCGACAGAUAAGUCACCCUUACUGUCGCUCUACAGGACCGUACAUAAGAUUUUCACCAGUGGGUAUCUUUCUGUCUAGAGGAAAUCAUUUUUGAUGAAUCAAUAGUGCCUUAACUGGAUAAAUUAACUUGCCUUACACAAUUCUUCUGCUCAUGCCUUCAUAAUCCACAUUCUGAUGGUGUCAGCCACACUAACACCCCAACCUCCUUAAAUUCAAAGAAUAUUGUACUUCAUCAUUAUAAAAGCUCAUAGCGCACUCUAUUGUACUCCAUCUUUGCUGAUAAUCUGUUUUUUGCUUCAUUACUAAUAGUCUUAUCAGUAACAUGCAAAAUAUAUUUUUUCAUCAACUUUAGUAUUUACUAUUUUGAUUCAACCUCUCACAACUUCACCACGACCCAAGGAUAUGCCAUUUUAUGCGUACUCUAUGUUGAAGAAUUUGUAAAUUUACUUUGAAAAUGAGCAUCGGGGAAAUGAGUGAUCUAGUGAACUUUCCCACAUCAGUUGUAUGAGACUCACACAGUGGAUGAAGGAAUCAAGCUGAUCACAUGUGGGUUGUCUUCUGUAUGAAAAUAGUCUUUCACAGUACCUUGUCAGGUCAGGCCUUGAGCAAGUUUGUUUCGUCUGGAAUUGGCCAAUGCUUAUGUUAUUAUCUGAUUCUGUUCAAUUUGUUAAUUAGUUAGCCUGAUUCGUUAGUUUCUCAUUGUUAGUUUAGUGUCCUAUCAAAAAUAGGGUCUUCUAUCAGUUGGUUUAUUGCCUUUUGACUUUUUUUUUUAUAGUUUAAUCUUCGUGAACAAUCGUUUACUCAGAUAUGCUUUUUUGAUGGAUAUGUUGUAUAUGAUGCCUAUUCACAGUUUUGCUGCUUGAUUUCUUAUGUUAUGAUUUUUAAUAAUUGUCCUGAAACCUUUUCAAAUUGUAGGCAGUUAUUGUACCCUUAACUGAUUUGUAUGCAAACUCUCACUUGAGACGCUGCUUAUGCUUUCAAGACAAUCCGAUUAGUUUCUAUAAGAAAUUUUGAUGUCUUGGAUCACUUGAGACUCUCACUUAAAAUUCCAUUUAAGUCCUGGAUUUUUUUCUUAGAAAAUGUCAGAAUCUACUUGAGAGUUGAAUCAUUAAGAAAGAGACUGACACGAAUCAAAUAAAGUUAAUGGCGAAAUGGGAUGUGACUUCUUAGAAAAAAGCCAAUCCACAGUAGUAUUCUAUUGCACAGUUUCGCUGUGAAAUGUUGGGUAGAAGGGUAGAUGUAAAGAGCACAGUAGGAUCUUGAUUGUCAAUAUCCCUGCUACCGACUCCUUUCUUGUUGAUAUUGUUUCUCUUCAAAUUUACUUACAUGCGAAUUCUUUGACAGUGGGUUUGUUUCCUGGACGCUGAAGGCAGGAUAACGGAUUCUAAAGCAUUGAGAAAGAGAAUUUUCUAUGGUGGAGUGGAGCAUAGCAUACGAAAAGAGGUUGGUGUCUAACUUCACCUGUGGACCUUGCUUGUUUUUCACCCUGGUUGUUUAUUUGCAACUCUUUUGCAAAAUUCCCAGGUCUGGAAAUUUUUGUUGGGAUACCAUCCAUAUGAUUCUACCUAUGCUGAGAGAGAAUACCUUGCUUCAGUUAAGAAAUCGGAGUACGAAAUCAUCAAAUCUCAAUGGCAGGUCCGUAGUUUUUUGAUUCAUCUCGUCUGCAGAUUUUAAAUUCUUCUGAAUAAAUGUUAAAUGUACCAUAUACCGAACACCCUGUAAACCUAUAGUUAACCUUGGCCCUUCUGCAUCUUUUCAUUAAUUACUGUAUUGGAUUUCUAAUUUUGUUGUCGUGCAUUUUAUUGUCACUAUAUAGCAUUUCUUUCUUUUUGUCGUGCUUGUUCUUGUCACUGUGAUGUCUUCAUGUGCACGUGGUUGGUGGAUACUUGCCAAUUCAUAUGCUGGUGUCUUUGCUUUUCCAUUAAGGAACUAGUAGAGUGGAGUUAUCUUUUCUACUAUCAGUGGCAUUUUUUAUGCCCUAGAUGAGGCUAGAUGUAGAUGAUGAUAAGCUGCAAAGGUCAUUCCCUUGUCAUCAGUAUCACUUGUCCUAUCCCAGAGUUGCCUGUCAAAUCUGAAUAAAGACCUAUGCUUCUUUAAUCCGAAGAGGAGACAAUGCUAGAUUACCCCCUUUGUAGUCUAGGAGGUCAAGCUGCUCGGCCAGUAGGAUGGAAGAUCUGUGCCUUGAUUUAACUCAUCAAUCUGGGCUGUUUCUAUCCAUUGCAUGGUCAUUUCCUGAAGAAUUGAUAACGAGUCUUAUCAUAAAUCAUCUCUCUAAAACUGACUUGGUAUUCAUUCUGACCUUGAUGAGCCCAGUUUGGAGUUUGAGGGGUUUUGCUUUCCCUUAUAAGUCGUGCCUAUGAUUGUCAUCUUUCAUUAGGCUUUCGUUAGAGGAAAACAACUUUUUUUAUGAAUAAUACGAGAGGAAAAUAUUAUAGACCAUUCAGACUCAUACAAAAAGAGCACUCUUGAACACGUCACCUUUCAAUCCUCAACCUCCAACAUUCAUCCCGAGAUAAAGUAUUUACACUGCUCUUAUAUUUUCUUUCACCGUCUUCAUGCCACUAAGCCUAAAUGGACAAAUAUUUCUUUCUUAGUUAGAGCUGUUUUCAGCGUACAUUUAACAUGCCUAAACCAAUCCAAUGUUUCUUAUGUCUGUUUUCAAGGGAUGUUAUAUCAGUUAUCCUUAAGCAUAAAAAUAUGAGUGGAUAUACAAGUGUGCGCUCAAUCAGCUCUACAAAAGCCCCCUGUGCUAAAAGCAAUAGACUCCAAGAGACGUAGAAUUUUUCAGUUAUCCUAAUGCUCUCAAAAUAGUCGAAUCAGCUCCUUCCUCGUUGCAAAACGAUCCUUUUCAGUCUUUAAUCUUGGAAUAAACAGGGGUAAAAUCCCUAUCGUGUCCUUGCAGUAUAUUUACUUAUCCAACUUUGGUGAAUUAGUCGAUUCUGGUCUGAACUGGCUAAGGUAAAUUGGAAUUCUGGGGUUCUGUUCCAGUUCCAGAGAGGAAGGAGACCUGAUCCCCCUUGAAAAUUUGCAGAACGAAAAAGUAAGACAUUCAGCUGAAAAUCACUGUCUUCGGUUAGUUGGUUCCAGGCCGAGCUUGAACUUUUAUGGCGUUCCCUCCUGACGCCACAUGCUGGAUGUUGCCCUCUGACACUGAGAAAGGAAGAAGAAUAGGGAAAGAGACAACAGUGGGUUUGAUUAGUAUUCAAGAAAUAAAUUAAAAGAGGCUGAACAGUGGGGUACAGCUUUUUAUUCUCCUCUAGCUCUGCUAUCGGUUCAUGUCGCCUCAACCUGCAGUGUUUCACCCUGAAGCUUCUGUAUUUUAAGCACAACUCUGGGCUGGUUUUAAUGAAAGGUUCAAAAAGCAUUGAAAACUCUAUUAAUUUGAAGCUGUCCCAGAGUUCUGUUAUUUGCUGGAAAUCAAUUAAGAGUUUCAAUCCUUAUUAUUGUCCAUAAAAACAUCUCAUGAGCUGCUAUAAACUAGCAUAUUUUUUGGUGUGAAAUGUGGAUGCUGUAUUUGUACUUAGACUAGCAUGAUUUGGUAUGAAAGAUUGCCAUCUCCCUCUCUUCAGAUUGUAGGAGCUGAGCUAUCCUAAUUCAUCUAUUUCAGAGUAUCUCUCCCGCACAAGCAAGAAGGUUUACGAAAUUCAGGGAGAGAAAAGGCCUCAUUGAAAAAGAUGUGGUAUUGACUAAGUCGCAUGAUAAAGUUCUUAUUUUUAUUUUAUAUUAUAGCUACUGAAUUUUCUUUCUUUUUGCAAUUUUGGUUGCUAUUUGAAGGUGAGGACAGAUAGGUCUAUUUCCUUCUACGAUGGAGAUGACAAUCCAAAUGUUGCAGUCCUACAUGACAUACUUUUGACUUACUCCUUUUACAAUUUUGACCUUGGUUACUGCCAGGUAAUGAUUUUCUGCUUUUCGGCAAAUCAUGGAUUAUAGUUUUUUUUACUCAAAUACGUAAUGUAGUAUUAUAUGCUGUCAAACUUUGUGGGAAACAUAGAUCCUUUGAAAUGCUAUACUUCUUGCAAAAAUAAGAAGUGGAGCCAAGAAAUUUUGGACGUAAAAUAAAAGCCAGGGUUGGCUUUUUGAGGUAGAAAAUUUUCUCAUAAGUUGUUCUAGUUUAUAAACCCUGAGAUUGUGUUUGAGCUAAACAACGAAUUGCUUUCACCUUCCAAAAAGACUUGGUAAUUCCCUUUGGAUCUAGACAAUCCCUACUGCAGUGUCUACCAGUAUGUUGCUCAGUGCUGAAUCUAGGGGUAUAUUCGUCAUUUUUGUGAUGUCGAAUAAUGAAGUUUGUGUGCCGUUAGCUUUCAGGGUGAAAAUAAUUUUGUUAAAAAUUUGUACUGACAAGGAAGAACGUUGAAAUAAAACAUAACGACCCCUAACUCUCUCUUUCUCUCCCUUCGCCAUUGCCCUCCUUUUUCUCUCCUUCAUCCUCCACCGUUUCAUUUCAUCUUUUUCUUCCUCUGUCCUUAGUUGGAGAGCUGUGUUUCUAUGUUCUUCCUCCAACAAUGGCACUGAUGUUAGAAAUCAGCUGAUCCAAGAGUGCGCCAGUCAUUGCCAUGAAAAUUGGCUGAUAUCCCAAGAAUCUGCCUACUAGAGUUAAAUUUACCUCAGAAAUUGAUCAGUCUCCUUUGAUUUGAUGGUUUUUUAAAUAUUCAUUAUGGGCCAAAAGAAAAAAGUCACAUCAAUAUUCUCACCCUUGCAUUUACUUUGCCACACAUUAAGGUAUUGUCAUCUAAUUUAGUCGUGGUCAUCAUUAUCAAAGAUGUUCAACAACUGGUCUUGAACUUUCCAACAUUUUUUAGUUCAUUCUUUGUUAGAGCUGGCUGUCUCACAUAAGCCUACAGCUAGCUUCUUUUGAAAUAUGCUUGUUGGAUUUCUAAAUCGUAAUGCACUGAGUAUGGGAACUCACAAUGUGAUGAUGGUCACCAUGGGAACUUGUAGUUUGAGGGUGCAUCGGGAAAUAUCAUGUAGCGUUUUCUCCUUAUUUAAGAGGUGCUAAAUGUCAAUGAAAAGUUAGGUGGUUUCCCGCUCCUCCAAUCUGUCCUCUGAGACAGAGGACAGUUGCCCCUCCAUAUCGUCCAUUUCCCUCUCUUUGUUUCAACAAUGUUUAACCUUGGCUACUCUCCAUACGCCAGGUUUGUUUUCCAAGGUAUGCUGGAUGCUGCUUUUGAAGACUAGUAAAGUCUCUCUAGAAGCAUUUGAAACGUGUUUCCGCUGAUAAUCAAAUUAGGAGUCUUAUGCACUAUUUGACAGAAUAUUAUUUCGUAUCAUCAUCCUUGAAGGUGCCAAGAGAUUGAUUUAAUACAUCUUUUUUGCUAUCAGUCUGAUGACCACUCUUACAAUGUUAUACUACCCUGUGGGCUAAGGAACCCAGUUGUGCUGUUCGAAGAUGUUGUUCAGCAGUGGCAGUGGGGUAAGGGUAAUGGUAACCAAAUAUGAAGGGGAGUGCCAGUACUGUCUUAGAAAUCUUUUUUUAUUUUCGGAUUUUCUCUAUUUAAUUAGGACAUCCAGAUGUUUUGGGUGACUAGCUGGUGAAGAAAAAUGGGAUGCUUGAUAAAUUAUACAUCUUUUAUGCUACGUGCUAUCCUCGGUAGUAAACUUGGUAUCUGUCUCAUAUUAUGAACUUAUCCCAAUGCUUUAUAUUCUAUUUCUCUAAUAAUUUUUUCUUAAUAUUUUACUUCCAUUUUUUUAUAUUUUAUUGUGCCAAUCAUGAAUCUUUUGCUGGUGUCUCUUCGACUUCAGGGUAUGAGUGAUCUUUUAUCUCCUAUAUUUUAUGUAAUGGAAGAUGAAUCAGAGUCAUUUUGGUGUUUUGUGGAAUUAAUGGAACGUCUUGGGCCAAACUUCAAUCGAGAUCAGAGUGGCAUGCAUUCACAACUUUUUGCAUUGUUGAAGGUAAAUAAGCUCGUGCUCGUAGGAUGUAUUCUCUUGAGUCAUUUAGCGCUGUUUAGAUGAUUUAUUCUCUUUCAUUUCUUUUCUUUAUUGAAUCAACUCGAUUGUAGGAUGUAUGAAGUUGAGACUUGAUAUUUAUUAGUCUAUGCUUGAGGCCAUGUUUCCACUUUGAUGUUCUGAUAUCAUUUUAUACCUUCCAUGGUCAUGGAUUGAUAAAGAACAAGAAUUGUCACAUUUUGGAGCUUGAGAUAACGAGCAAGAAUCAGUUCUUACUACGUCAUUUGCUAUCAAUAAGAUCCCAUGUGGUGUACCCACGAAAGUAUCCUUUUUUCCUCUUUCAUCCUAAUCCUCUCAAUUCCACCUUCCUCUUUGAAUUCUUAGUCGUCUCUAUUUCAUUGAUUGUCUGCAUCCAGAGUGUUGUAGUGUUAAUCAUGGGGUUGUUAAAGUUUUCUUAGGCUACUCUCAUGUCAGCUUUGUGGAGUCGCAUCUCGUCUGAGCUCUCAGCAAGUGGAGAUUGAUGCUGUUAUUCAUCUUCCCUGGCACACGAGAAAGAAUUUUCUGCAUACUCCAAACAACCAAGAUAGGAAGAUACUUAUCUUAUUAAUAAUAAUUUCAAGAGAAUAUUGAGCCCUAAGUCCAAAUCUUAAACCAUCAGAUGAUAUAUUCUCUCCAUCUCAAACCUCAGAAAACUGGCCUAUUCCCCUCAUUAAAGGAACCAGAUAGCCAUGCAUCCUGUAUCUAAACGUCGACCAUAGUCUCCUUUCUCCCUCAUGUAAUUUUUUUCUGCUCUAUCUUCCUUCUCCGUUCAUAUUUAUCUUGCAAAUGGACAGGUCCAAGGUAGGUCAGUACAUGGAAAAGAAAACGAGAAUGCUAAAGAACGAGACUCUGGAGCUUGUGGCCUCUCCCCAAGAAAACUCUGAUGGGUACCAUUGGUGUUUUCACCAUAUGUGCAAUACCAGUGACUUACAUAAGCCAAGUUUUGUGAUGCAAGGGUACAUAAAAUCAGAUAAAUUGACUGUUAGGAUACGUUCAUACCUGUUGCAGAGUUGAACUCUACCGGAAGGCAUGAUCUCAUUGGUUCAGUAGGUUUUUUAUUCAAGCUUGAUGAAAAAAAUGAAUCCUGAAUUGUGACUCAUGGGGGGAGACCUACAUCUGCCUUCCAGGGCAUGAGAAAAGGUAUGCAGACUGCAAAAAUCUUGUGCAACCGAAAGUAGUCUCGCAUGAGCUGAUCUGAUAGGUUUAUGAUAAGCAUUUUUUUUUUCUAUAGGAGAAGUAAUUUUGAUCACGCUUUAUUUGUUAAGUGAUAGAUUGAAAUAGUCUUCAUAUUUGUCUGUGUAGAUGAAAUGAUGAUAGCAAGAAACGACAAGGAAGAUAUCAGAAGUAGUUAAAGAAUGAACAAGAAACAGAGUUUGAAAAGAGAAUCAAAGUCUGUUGGAUAAAAUAUGCACUAGAUUUGUUGAAGGGAACAGAUCUGCUCUUACUCUGAGGAAGUUAUCCGUAGCUUGAUUGGUCAAGAGGGAGAACUUAGUUAAACUGUCUUGGGGAGACGUUACUUUGAUGAUGAUGUGUAAAUAUGAUAUUUAAUAUCACUUUGAUCCAAUGUCACUUAAACUAUUAGCAUGGUUCCAUUGCAACAUAGUGUAAUCAAAAGUGAAACUCCCAUUGAGGUUGUAUUGAGACACUGUGUCAAUAUUUUUCAAUAUAUUUCUGAGGGAAAGAGUUAAAGCGUGUGGUGUCCUAAAAUUUCUUAUUUACAUUGCCAUACAGUUUCCGAUAUUGGUUGAGAUAUCUGCCCCUUUUCCUCUUGUCUUAGCCUGUUCAGGCCUAUUCAAGUUUUCUCCUAUUGUCUAUCACCUUCUACUCCUCUUGGAGUGCCAAGAGUGAAGGAAGAAGAGAACAGGAUUCUCUUGGACUGCACAAGAUAACUCCUGAAGAGCUUGGAUCGAUCCUUUUCUCUCUUUUUCCCUUCUACUCCCCGUUGUUCUUGAUCUGUGAUCUCCUCAUAAUGAUCUUAAGUCCUUUUGCUCUUAUUUACCAUGAAGAAAGGCUUCUAGAAUAUGGUCAGAAGCGUGGGGGGUAGGUAGUAUUAUCUCCUCUUUCUCCUUCGAUGUUAACCCCAAUAAUAAAGGUUACGAAACAUCUACUUAACUCUAACCCUAGGGCAAAGAAGAGAAAUAGAAGGAGAAAGGGAAACAAUGAAGAGAACCAUUCAUGCGUGAAUAGUAACACAUGAUUAGUAACAUGCCUCAUUAAAAUUCAUAAACAGUUAUCUUUCUAAGCCUACCUGUGACCAUGGGUUGGAAAAUGUUUGAAAAUCCCCAUCUAAUUAGGAUGUACAGUUGACAUUCUUUGCAUCUUUCAAGUUCAGUCCCAUUAACCAACCAUCUUUCUCUUAUUUAGACAUCCUAGUUUGAUUACUUUGUGUUAGUUGGUGCCUGAAAACAGUCGAGUCUAUCCUCUUUAGUAGUUUACUUAAUACAAAGUGGAGUUUCAAACUUGGAGGUGAAUCAUUGCUUUUGCAAUUAUGUCGCCAUUUCUUUUUCCUUCUAAUACAAAUGAAUAUUUUGUGUUCACAUGCUCCUGGCUCUUAUUUCGGUCCGAAUCUCACACUCCAAGCGUCUAAUGGCUGCAUCUUACUUUUAGCUUCGUGAAACCUUACCUUCUCCAUUUAGUAUUUCCUGUAUCUUAAUUAUUUCUUUUGCCCCCGCUUGCAGUUGGUGGAGCUUCUUGACACCCCAUUACACAAUUAUUUCAGCAAGACAGAGUGCUUGAAUUAUUUCUUUUGUUUCCGAUGGCUUCUUAUACAGUUUAAAAGGUGAGCAAUCUCUAUAUAUCACUUGGUUAAAUCUUUUGACCUAUGUUUCUAAUACAGACAUGUUUUGCUGGAAGUUACCGUUAAAUGAAAUACCCUAGUUAAGAUUUAAUCUCCUAAUGCCCAUGCGCAUUUCCCAACUGUCAGUUACAGUUUGAUACCUAAUACUAUGAUACAGUGGCAGCGUUUGAGCUCUUUGGUGGUUUUUCUAACCCAGAAGUCAAUCUACUCCGUGUCAUUCUCUUCAUUUUAUUUUUAAACGGUUUAUCCACCCGUCAUAAUGUUCUUUGGACAUGAAAUCUGUUUUUCUUUUCCUUGAGAUAAUGCGCCUCUCUUUUGGGUCUAAUUCGGUCAAUGUUCCUAUACGAGCUUGAAUGGCUAAUAUUCAUGGAGAAGAGCAGUGAUAUCCUCGCCCAUACUCUCUCCCUCUUGUGCUAUUUCCUUGUAAUAGGAAUCCAACAUUCUCUUUCCUUAAUUUUUCUUUUCCUUUCUAGGGUUAUUAUACAAGCUUUGCCCACCGCAAUUAGACCUGCUGGUGCUUUUAACCCACUACUCAGCAAUAAAAAAGAUUAACUGUUGGAAAGAUUUUCUUUUUGUCGUCGUGUUCUAAUCAUGCUGAAUGUAAAAUUGACCGCCUACGCCUGUUUUGUCGACCCAGUGCAUAAAAGUACAUGCCCUUAAUCAGUAGUUAAUGCCUCUCCAGACCGUUUCAUAAAUCUUUUUCUUCUUUGUUUUUUGGUGGGUUUGGCGAGAGAAGAACAAGAAAUGAAAAAAACAUAAAAAACAAAUGGGGCACUCAAUCGGUAGAUAUGAAAAGAAAAGAACCAAAGUUUCUCUCGGUACAUAUGAAACCCGGUUCUGACUGCUCUCCUCCCCCAAACCCUUUGCAGGGAAUUUGAGUACGAGGAGGUGAUGCGGCUGUGGGAGGUGCUGUGGACUCACUACCUCUCUGAGCACUUGCACCUGUAUAUCUGUGUGGCCAUCCUCAAGCGGUACCGCCAGAAGAUCAUGGGUGAGGAGAUGGACUUCGACACCCUCCUCAAGUUCAUCAAUGAGCUCAGCGGCCGCAUCCGCCUCGGCGACAUCCUCCGGGACGCCGAGGCACUCUGUGUCUGUGCUGGGGAGAACGGCGACGCCUGCAUCCCCCCGGGGACGCCGCCUUCCCUCCCGCUGGAAACCGCUUCCUUGUAUCCCCAGCAGGAUCAAGAUGACAUCUGA